AUGCGAUUGAAACCGCAUGGCCUGUUUUUGGCCCGGGAUCGCGAUCAGUGCCGGCAUGGGGGCGUCUGUGCUGCCAGGCGCGAGGGGGAGGGCGGGCGGGGGGAGGCGCCGGAGUCGGGAGGCGGGGUCCCGGCGGUGGAUGGCAGCCCGCAGGUGCAGUUCCCGGCGCUGCCCGCGGCGCAGCUGUCCGGGGACAGGAGGUGCUUCGUUGAGACAGCGCGGAUACGGGGCUACGAGGCGGGGCCGGACAGGCGGGCAACCAUUCAGUGCAUCGCGAAUCUGCUGCAGGAAGUGGCCAGCAAUCAUGCAAUAUCUGUGUGGGGAAAGACAGAUGAGGGUUUUGCUGCCAGCCCUGUUAUGGUCGAGAAGAACCUCAUCUUUGUCAUAUCCAGGCUUCACAUCAAGAUAAACAAGUACCCUUCAUGGGGCGAAACUGCACGACUGGAGACUUGGUUCACGUUGGAGAGGAGGUUCAUUGGCCGCCGUGCUUGGAGCAUCCAGGAUGCAGCAACAUCCGAAACUCUUGGAGAGGCUACAAGUUGGUGGGUGGUUAUCAACACCAAAACACGAAAAAUGUCGCGGAUGCCAACAGAGAUGAUAGAGCAAUGGUGGCCCUACACUCUGCAGGACAGCUCCAUGUACUCGAUGUCUGGUGCGGCGGAUGUGAAGAAGAAAAUUCAAGACCCUGAGACAAUGGCACAGGUGCGGAGCGGUGUGAUACAUGUUGCUGGGCACAGCUACAUGGACAUGAACGGUCACAUCAACAACGUUGCCUACUUGGAGUGGGCCCUGGAUGCUCUGCCACAAGAAGUCUUUCAGAACUACGUCUUGAAGGAGACGGAAGUAGACUUCCUGGGCGAGUGCAGCGUGGGCGACCGAGUGGAGACUGUGCUCUACCGGGCGGACAUCCAGGAAAACGGAUCCUCGAAGGCGCCCGUCUUUGUUCACGUCCUCAGAAAGGCGGACGGGAUAGACAAGGGCCAGGAGAUUGCAAGGCUCAGGACGUCCUGGCUGAGGGUGUGA